AAUGCGAAAGUUUAUACCCUCGAAAUAUACCUGCUAUACGGUACUUGUUGCCCUAUUACUAGGCAUUCAGCUAUUGGUUGAAUAUCCCUGACGACAAAAAGGAGGCCAUCCAGCUGGUCACACAGAUGUUGCACAAUGCCAGUCUGUGUAUAGACGACAUUGAAGAUAACUCCAAACUAAGGAGGGGAAUCCCUGUGGCUCACAGCAUAUUCGGUGUUGCACAGACAAUCAAUUCGGCUAACUACAUCUACUUCCUGGCUCUGGAAAAGACCAUGGCCCUGGGGCACCCUAACGCUGUGAAUAUUUUCACCACUCAGUUGCUACAGCUUCAUCGUGGACAGGGUAAAGACAUCUACUGGAGGGACUGCUACAUUUGCCCCACGGAGGCCGAGUACAUGGAAAUGGUCCAGCAGAAGACUGGCGGACUGUUUAAACUGGCUGUUGAUCUUAUGCAGCUGUUCAGUGAAAACAAAGCAGACUACUCAGCACUACUGGAUGCACUCGGCCUCUUUUUCCAAAUCAGAGACGACUAUGCAAACCUGGUCUCAAAAGAGUACACCGAAAACAAGAGCUUCUGUGAGGAUCUAACAGAGGGAAAGUUCUCUUUCCCCAUCAUUCACGGCAUCCAACACGACAGGGACUCCUCCAAACUUAUCAGCAUUUUGAAGCAAAGAACAACAGACAAUGAUAUUAAGAAGUACUUCCUACAGUGUCUUGAAGAGGCCGGGUCAUUUGCCCACACCAAACAGACUCUAGUGCAGCUGGAGGCAAGUGCCCUAGGGGAAAUCAAGAAGCUUGGGGGAAAUCCCCAACUGGAACAGAUAGUCCUCAAAUUGGCAGAACUGUACAAACCAGAACAAACUGAAUAGUUGGUAUUGUAACAGUAUAACAGCAGACUUGAAAUAUUUUUGGCCCACUCCAUUUUUGUGUGCAUUAAAUUUGUCAGAAUGUAGGAUUUUUAAUAAUAUAAUAAUAAUGAUUGUCGAAAA